AUGAUGAUGCCAGUUCGGAAGCUAGUUGGCUUCAUGAUUCAUGCAGAUCUUGAACCCACCGCAGGGGUGAGCAAGGUUGAUGGCGAAGGUUCUGAGUCAGAGGAGGAUGAUGAUGAAGCCGAGGCAGGAGGCGUAGGCGGUGAAGAGGGCGAGUAUGUGCAGCCCCCAUCGUUGGAGACAGAUGCGUGGGAAGAUGGCCAAGGCAUCUGUAUGCUCACGGAUGAAGCCUUUGACGAUGAGCUCUCAAAGACGGUGUUCACAGGUGCCAACAAGGUGCUGAGGCUAGGCUUCCCUGUGAAGGUCGCACACACGGACCGCGCUAAGUUGAUGUUUGGACAGAAGGUGAUCUUCAAGAGUAAGCAUCCAAUGGGCAAGUCCAAACGAGGUUACUUGGUGGCCAAGAACGUGAGAUGUGUUGAGGAUUUAGUGGAUCCGGAAGCAGUGUUUGAGGAUGAUACGGAACUUGUUGCCAAUCCCGUAGAGUCAGAGCCACCGGAUCCUGGGCAAGGUGCUGACACCACAUGGACAGCGUUGAUGGUGGUCGUGGCGGACAAGGUGUCAGUGCACCGUGACGUGCGCAACGAGCCGGGCUCUUCCAACUUCGUCACUCAGAUCACCACUCGGCCCUUAUGGCUCGAAGAGCAGACUAAGGAGGAGUGCCAGGGUCAGCCCGUUCAGGUUACGGCCUGCAACCCAAAGCAGAGACAUGCCCUGUUGCCAGUCAAAAGGGAGUUCCUGAGGCUUCCUGUGGAAAAGCCUAGGCGUCUCCUUGCGUACGUGUUCGAGUUUUCGGACGAUGGCUAUGUGGAUGAUUCCCCCUUCCCAGACAGGAGACGCAAUGACCAGUGCUCCAGGCGCCAGGGCCAGAACCUCCCGAGGCCUUCAGAAGAGGUUGCAGUGCGCAAGACAGAAGCAACGACUACCCGGGACUUGGAAGGUGUGUUGGGCAGUUUGACAGAGCCACUGAGCGUUACGCAUACAGCGUCGCAGGAUGCGCAGAACCGGAUUGCCAACCCCAGCACCUCUGUCAUCUCUUUGAAGGGGGUGUUCACUGCAAAGACACCAGGGGGACCAGCCGACGGCUUGUAUAAGCGCAAAUGCAGGCUGGUGGGGUGUGGAAACCAGGCUACCCAUGUGGAUGCAAAUUCCCUCUACGCAGCCGGAGCUCCGGCGGAGGUUGUGCGGGCGGUAGACUUGGGACUGGCACGAGCUGACGAGUACUAUUCCCUGGGAAUGGUACUCUAUGGCUUCAAAGAGGCCCCAGCUUGGCGGUCAGACCACCGAGACUCGAAGCUACUCACGGCAAAGUUUGUCGGUUGUCAUUUGGAGCAAGGAAAGUCGGACCCAUCCAUCUGGAAGAUCAUGAAGGGUGGUUCACUUCAGGCCUACGUCGACGACUUCUUGAUCCUGAGCGACAAGGCAACGGCACAGGCAUUGCACCAGUGGUUAAUCGACGGAGCAGGCUGGGAAACGGAUGGGUUGAGUGACUUGGGAAUGCAGCUGCGUAACUACGCAGAUGGGCACUUCAGCUUGGACCAGGAGGCCUACGUUGAGGAGCUUGUGCGGUCCUACAAUUUGGGUGAAGGGGAUAAGUCCAAGAUCGUGUGCCCCCGAGAGCUGUUGAUGAGCGAGACAGAAACGGUGGAGCCGUUUGACGAAGCCACAACACGGACAGCCCAGAAGGUCGCGGGUGAAUGCUUGUGGCUUGCACAAUGCAGUCGCAUCGAUAUCUACUUUGCAACGACUGCCCUUUGCUCCAGAGUUUCGAAGGACUCCCGUGGGGCCCUGGCGAUAGGGAGACGAAUCUUGGCCUACUUACAUCAAACCAAGGACUAUCGUCUGCACUUGCGCCCUGACGAGAACGUAGCACCCGUGAUGGUGUUUACAGAUGCGUCUUUUUCUCCUCAAGGUCGUCAUUCGUUUGGAGGACACGUCAUCGAAGUGUUCGGGGCUCCGGUGCUAUGGAAAGCAUCCCGCCAGACGCUGAUCGCGCUCAGCUCCUCGGAAUCAGAGUUGAUUCAAGCAGUGGAGGGCUGUAUGUACACAGAGUCCCUGAUGACAGUGUUGGCCGAUUUGGGCCUGCCUUGCUCCACUGCAGAGUUGUUGUUGGACAACACCGCCUCCAUUUCGUUCAUUUCAGGUGCAGGCAACCAGCGGACGCGUCACCUCAAAGUCCGUGGCUCGAAGAUUCAGCAGCUUGUUCAGUCAGGGUGGGUGGUGAAGCAUUGCCCUGGAGAAUGGCAGAAGGCGGAUCUGUUAACAAAGGUUCUUCCUUCAGCACGGAUGCGUUUCCUGUGUGACUUGCUGCAUUUGGGAACCGAAGAGAGGCCAAUUGAGGAGGAGGGGCAUCCAAGUGUGAGGGCAGUUUCCCCGGUUCCGUCUUCAUGCCUGACCGGUUUGUUGGCAAUGCUGCAGGCUUGCAUCUGUGCAGGUGUAUCUUCAGAGGAGGAAGGUGUUGGGCCAAGUGUGUCCAUUGAGUGGCCAUGGGAGCUCGCGGUGCUAACCCUUCUGGUUGUGUUGUCAACGUUGUUUGUGUGGGAGGCCAGCGGUGCGCCGUGUCGAAAAAGGAACGGUGAUGUGCCAAAGGUCAGAUCUGUGUCAACACACAAGCAGGAACGAAGGAGCAAGCAGCUCCAGGAGCGGGUAGCGGCUGCAAUUGACAGCGCUCUCAGUGAGAGCCCUACAGGAAACGAAGGCACUGCAAGGCGCCGAAAGGGGAGGAACAAAUGCGUGUCAGAAUCGUCUCAGGGGGCAGAGCGCCACGUUGAGCACCGACCUACAGUAGUCUAUGGAGACUUCAACAUGCAUGUUAGGCCGGCAGGUGCAACCGACGAGAUUCAACGUGCUACCGCCUUUCUUGGCCAGACAGAGGUCGUCACUAAGGAAGCUCCAGUGCCUCCCACGACCAACCCCAGGACUAUCCAUGUCCGAGAAGGGGAUCCUGCAAGGCUUGCCAUGCACUCUUCCCGGACUGCUGGACAGGGUGAGUACAGGGUUGAGGUUCCAACGAGGGGACCAAGCAUCGGUAGAGGUAGCAUGACGUCGCAGUCCCCGCAGACCGAUCCAGUUAUCGUUCUAGACCCUAGUGAAUAUGUGUAUGCGUCACAAGGGGGUGAUUGUGUUCAUCGGGAUCAGGACUGUCGGGGACUCAGACGGGCCGCGAAUGUCAGAGCCAAGGCAAUUUGCCAGUACUGUUUGAAGCAGCAUAUUGUUUGA